AUGACAAGUGUCGCGCCUUUCGACGCUCCCGGCCGAACCCAAAUUGGGAAAUUCCCAACGGAUGACACAGUCGUCGCCACGCGAACUCAGCAGGCGAUAGCCACCACAAAUGACACCGGCGCAGCCAAAGCCUCCGACUUACAGGCUCUCUCUACCUCGAGAGCGAGCUCGAUGGAGCCGGCUUACGCUCCAGAGACGGAUGACAUCAAGUCUCGCCGCAGCUCACGCUCCGUCAGCCUGCGCAAAUUUGCAGAGGCGAUCAAGAAGACCUGGCCGCGAGCGAAGGUGUUGUUCAGGAAGCUGUCGUCAGGGUCAUCGCGAGGCAAGUCAAAGUCCCGCCGCCACUCCGAAGCGACAGGGUCCAGGCAAGCACAGAGCGACAUUGUCACCAACACCGCAGCGGUCGGUACAAUCACGGAGUCCCCCACCCAUUCGGGCAUGAACUCAAAGGGACGAAGGAAGCUUUCAGCGUGGAUUCAGGAAGAGGAGAGGACGCGGCGCCGCAGCGAGAAAUCCCAGGCGAUGAUCGACAAGAUACUCUCUGAUCCUCGUCUCACAGCCAGCUUCCUGGCGGCCCUGAACCAGAACUCCAACUUCUCGACUUUGAUCGAUGGGUCACGAAAAUCCAAGUCCUCCCGUUCGGGCCGGAACAGCACACGCCCAGAAGUGCACUACGUGCACGGUCCCCACCAAGAAGCAAAGCUGCAGGCUUAUGUCGACCACCUCUCCCGAAGCUCCGAUGGGAGACCGAUCAUCGUGGUGGUGCGGGGGAAGAAGGGGAGACGUUGGAGAAGCGGCAGCGCCAGCUCAAGGCGAAGUGGGAGGAGCUCGAAGAGGCGAAGCCGCCAAGGCGACUGGGAAAUGUCUCAGGGUCCGGGGAAGACGAGGCAGGAGAGCGAGUGGCACGGAUUCGUGGAGGAGCUACCGGAUGACCCGAUUACCGCGCCGGCGAGUCAGGCUGGGAUCAGCAUGAUCAGCAGUACGUCACAGCCGGCACCUACUCAGCCGACGGCCUUCAUACCAACGACACAGGCAUCCGCCGCUGUACCGACAACAAAAGCCAGCCUGGACCCUGUUCUCGUCCAAAGUCUCGUCAACUACCUCACGAGUCCCGCCGGCCAACAAGCCCUGUCCCAAGCGAGCUCUCAGACAACCGCACCGCCGGUCCCAGCAGCUGCGAAUACUUCCUCCAGCUUCCAGUACCUUCCGUCAAUGUUAUCAGCCCGUUGA